CGCCGGGCCUUAGCGCAACGAGUGCUUUGGCUGAAGAUUUCUAGAGAAGCGCCCGGACAAAGUCGGGGGAAGGGCUCCCGAGACCAGCUGCCCGGUGUCAGGCCAGCCAGCGCCCGGGGGGAGCGCAGCGUCCCGCCACGUCUGUCCCGGGAGUAGAGGCGCUGGACGCACCAGGAAGUGACUCUCCCCAGCGGCUGCGAUGAGGACCCUUAGCUGAUUUUUUCGUUAACCGCCUCCGGUUUGUAAGAAGAUUUAUAGGUUACGAAGGUUUACAGGUUGGACACAUUGAGGCGCAAAGAAGUCAAGUGACACACUUCAAAUCAGAGCCUGAGGCAGGGCAGUGACACAUGUUGAACAGCUGCUGUGUUAGGCACAGACCUGAGUGCUUCCUGUAUAUGAGCUCAUUUAAUUCUUACCACAACCCUGAAAGAAAACCUCCAGGUUGGUCACAACUCUUUUUGGGCUCAGCAUGUAAGGGAAACUUCACCCACAUGAUAGCCAAGAAGUGUCAAAGAAGACAGAAAAGUCAGAAGAAACCAAGACAUCUUGGACCACUAGAUGAUUCCUGGCAGGAAAGGCUGGCUGAUGUUGUGACGCCACUCUGGAGGCUGAGCUAUGAAGAACAGCUCAAGGUGAAAUUUGAAGCUCAGAAGAAAAUUUUACAGAGACUAGGAUCUUACCUACAGAUGCUCAAUGGAGUCAAUGUGACAACAGCUGCACCCAGAUCUGAGGGGCUCUGUUGUUUUCUCCAUCCUAUUAUACCUUCUCCUGUCAUCAAUGGCUACCGAAAUAAGUCCACCUUCUCUGUGAACCGAGGUCCAGAUGGCAAUCCAAAGACUGUGGGGUACUACCUGGGAACUUGGGGAGACAGGAACAUGGUCUGUGUGCGGUCUAACCAUCUGAAACAUAUCCCCAAGAAACACAGUCAAGUGGCACAGGAGGAGCUCUGUGUUCAGAAGGAGACUGUAAAGAAGUUUUUCACCAAAGGGCCAGGAGCAGUCUGUGACUUGACAUCACUUUACUUCCAGGAAAGCGCUAUGACCCGUUGCAGCCAUCAGCAGUCCCCCUACCAGCUCCUAUUUGGGGAACCCCACAUCUUUGAAGAUCUCCUGGGGUUGAAGAUCCGCAUCUCUCCAGAUGCCUUUUUCCAGGUUAACACUGCUGGUGCGGAGAUGCUGUAUCGGACUGUGGGGGAGCUGAGUGGAGUGAACUCUGACACCAUCCUCCUUGACAUCUGCUGUGUAACUGGUGUGAUCAGCCUCUCUCUGGCUCAGUAUACCUCCCAGGUCCUUGGGAUUGAGUUGGUGGAGCAGGCGGUAGAAGAUGCCAGGUGGACUGCAGCCUUCAGUGGCAUCACCAACUGUGAAUUCCACACCGGUCGAGCAGAGAAGAUUUUGCCACAGCUACUAAAGUCAAAGGAAGAUGGGCAGUUAAUUGUUGCUGUAGUGAACCCAGCCCAGGCGGGACUGUAUUACCAGGUGGUUCAAGCCACUCGAAACUGCGGGGCCAUCCGCAUACUAGUUUUUGUUUCCUGCAAGCCCCAUGGUGAAACCACAAGGAACAUCAUUGACGUCAUGGAAGCAAAGGAGGAGAGCAUUUUGAGUAGACAAGGGAAAUCUGCUCUACAUAAUGCCACAUACAGCCGAGGGGUCAAGGAGGAUGAGAGCUGAGAAAAGGCCUCACCCGAAUAGAAGCUUCUCCUAGUCUCUCCAGUUUCUGUUGACAGUCAGCUGCCUGAAGCAACUCUCAAGAUGCACCUUCAGGUCUUGAAGGCAGAGAGAGAAGGAAACAGCUGAAGACCCAUCAUAGCUACCUACACACUUCUGAGACAGGCUGAGCCAAGAAAUUGCCUUAGACUCUUCUUUCUGCUUUCAGAAACAAAGUCUCUCCCAACUUUGUUCACUUACGUUCUGCUAGAUGGUUGAAAAAGAUGGGUUUGUGACAUGGCUGGUUAAGGUUCUUUUUUUAUGUUUUGAACAGAUGAAUAUCUAUUUUCCCUACUACCAUCUCCCUCAUUGUCCAUUUCCCUUCGCUGGAGUCAGUCACUGUUACCAGUUUCUUGUGUAUCCUUCCUGAGAUAUUCUAUGCAUAUUUGUAUAUGUAUACCCCUAAUUUUUAUACAAUUGUAGCAUACCAUAAAUGCUAUUCUGCA